UCCCCACUCCCGCCGCUCGUUUCAAACCCUCCUUGCGACCCCAGCCGCGAUGGUCGCCGCCAUCGCCGGCGACGCCGAAACCGACCUGACCCUGCCCAUUUCGGACGACCUCGACGACAACGGUUUCCCCGCGUCACCCCCCACCGCACCCGCCACCAGCAGCUUCGCCGACGACUUCUACCGCAGCGGCAUCGACUGGUCCUCCCUGCAAGCCCCUCCUUCUCAUCGGAGAAGGCCAGCCGAUGGAACAACGGAGAAAUUUUGCGGCCCGUUGGUUCAGAAGAACCUCUUCCAGGCGUGGGGGAUCGAGAAGCCAGCCUCUGGAAUGACGGAGAAAGUUUGCGGCCCGCCGGUUCAGAAGAACCUCUUCCAGGCGUGGGGAAUCCAGAAGCCGCCGCGGGAAGAGGCGGCGCAGGGGGUCCCCGUUGGGGCUGGGGCUUCCUCCUCUUCCCCUUCUCCUUCUGUUGCUGGGUCCGGUAGGAAGCGGCGCUGGGGAGGCUCGGACGAGAACGGGGCGUCCAGGAAGCCCGUCGCUUGCCCCUUCUACAAGCAGAUUCCCGGUACGCCGUUCACGGUGGACGCAUUUCGGUAUGGAGCAGUUGAGUGGUGCUCUGCUUAUUUUCUCAGCCAUUUCCAUUAUGAUCAUUACGGUGGGUUAACCAAGAAGUGGUGUCAUGGUCCUAUCUAUUGUACUGCACUCACUGCACGCCUGGUGAAGAUGUUACUAUCAAUUGACUCUGCGUAUGUUUGUCCCUUGGAGCUUGAUACUGAGUAUGUCAUUGACGGAGUGAAGGUUACCUUCUUGGAGGCCAAUCAUUGCCCUGGUGCAGCUCUAAUUCACUUUCGUCCUAGUGAUGGCAAGACCUAUCUCCACACUGGGGAUUUUAGAGCAUCAAAAUCCAUGCAAUUGCACCCACUCCUCCAAACUGGCUGCAUAAGUUUGCUUUAUCUGGAUACAACAUAUUGCAAUCCAAAAUACAAAUUUCCACCACAGGAGGAUGUUAUUGAUUUUGUUGUCAGGACAGCUCAAAGGUAUCUAAAGAAGCAACCAAAGACACUUAUUGUUGUUGGGGCAUAUAGCAUCGGGAAAGAGAAUGUCUAUCUAGCAAUUUCUCAAGCUUUAGAGGUCCCUAUAUACACUGAUGCAUCACGAAGGCGGAUUCUUCACUCAUUUGGCUGGCCGGACUUGUCCAAAAGGAUAAGUUCAUGCAAUCAAAGUUCACCACUUCAUGUUCUGCCCCUUGCAUCACUGCAACAUGAGAACUUGAAGAAGUACUUGGAGACUCUUGAUCAAAGAUUUCUAGCUGUGCUGGCUUUUCGACCUACAGGUUGGACUUUUUCUGAGGCAGCUGGAAAGGAGCUUGACUUAAUUAAACCUAGCUCUAGAGGCAGAGUUACAAUCUAUGGUGUACCUUAUAGCGAGCACUCAAGUUUCAGCGAGCUUAGGGACUUUUUGAAGUUUCUGAGACCUCAAAAGGUAAUUCCCACUGUUAAUGUUGGUAAUGCGGCAAACCGAGAUAAAAUGCAAGCUUAUUUCCGGGAAUGGCUCAAGGGCACGUGAUGGAUGGAGGCAUGAAGCAUGAUCAGUUAUGUUAGAAGCUGUACACAUUAUAAAUACCGACAAGAGAGGAUCAAGCGCAUCAGGCAUCUUACUCUGGGAGGGUAUAAACUUACUAGCCUGUCAUUGUCGACGUGAAUUCUGUGACGUGUAUGUAUAUUAUAUCUUGGAGACAAUGUCACAAUCGAACGAAGGAACUGAUGGAGGAUCAAGAGUAGAUUAUGCUUAAAAGUGCAGGCAUGAGACGGCGGAAGGGUAAUGACAAUGGAGAGAUCCGCUAGAUGUGACAAACGCUGGCCACAUUUUUUAGUCGUUGUCCUUCGUAUGAACCCUGUGUACUGAUACGAUUGGUUUUACUUAACUACCUGGCGCAAUGUUUCAGUAAUAAGGAAGAAAAUUGAUGGUUA